AUGGCAAUCGAGAAAGUGUAUCUUUACCAAAAUACUUCAAUUAUUCCGGAUGAGGUUUUAUGUCAUCGUUUUGGGUUGCUACCGAUCAAGGCAGAUCCACGAUUGUUUGAGAUGCCACUUACACGGGUUAUUGGGAUCAAUGAAUCCGGUGUGGAUUGUGAUGAAGAG